AUGCUGCCAAUUUUCAAGGAUGAUCCUGAGCUGCGCGCACAUGAGUCUCACAUCAUGAACCGCGUCAAUGCCUUCCGAGGGUGGAAGGAACUGUUUCGGAAGUCCGAGGGUGGCAUCGAGGCCCUGGCCGAGGGCUACAAGACCUUCGGCUUCCAGAGGCACGAGGCCGAGAAGAAGUGGACCUUCACCGAGUGGCUGCCGGCAGCAAAGAAGGUCUUCCUCGUAGGCGAGUUCAAUGGCUGGGAGAAGACACAUCCUCUCACGCGUUGCGACUACGGCCGAUGGACAGUCGAGCUGCCCGAUCAGGUCGACGGUCGAUGGCUGGUACCUCACAGGUCGCAAGUUCGACUGCGAGUGGAAUCGUGUUCCGGCACGUUCGACAGGGUCCCCGCAUGGACGAAGUUCGCAGAGAAUACCGCGCUCAACGUCUACAACGGCGUCAUGUGGGAGCCCCCAGCGGCGGAGCGCUACGUCAUGCGCCACGCGAGGCCCCGGCGGCCCCGCGCGCUGAAGAUCUACGAGGCCCACGUGGGCGCCCACGUGGGCGCCGACAUGGGCACCGAAGCAGAAGCCGAAGCCGCAGAAGCCGGCGUCCACACGUAUUUGGACUUCAAGGCACAGCUGCCGAAGAUCAAAAGCCUGGGCUACAACGCCGUUCAGUUCCUAGCCGUGGCGGAGCACUCGGACUACGCCUCCAUGGGUCAGAAGGUAACGAGCUUCUUUGCACCCUCCAGCCGCUUUGGGACACCCGACGAAUUCAAGGAGCUGGUGGACGCGGCACAUGCGCACGGCCUCACCGUGCUCAUGAACUUGGUGCAUUUCCAGCUCUCCCCGCACCAGCUGGACGGCAUCGCCGAUAUGGACGGCACCGACUGCUGCUACAGGCACUCGGGAAGCAAGGGCUGGCAGGAGCAAACCCGUGCGGCCUUGUUCGACUACAGCAAGUAUGAGGUGCUCCGGUUCCUUCUUUCCAACGUCCGCUGGUGGAUCGAGGAGUACGGCGUGGACGGCUUCUGCUUCGCGGGCGUCACCAGCAUGCUGUACCACUCCCAUGGUAUCGGCAAGUCCUUUUCCUCCUCACAGGAGCAUUUCGGCUGGGAUGCGGACCUCGAGUCUGCCACGUACCUCAUGCUGGCAAACCACCUGGUGAAGCGGCUGCUGCCCUCUUCUGGCAUCACUCUCGCUGAGGACCACUCCGGGAUGCCGGUGCUCUGCCGAACCGCGGAGGAUGGCGGCCUUGGCUUCGACUAUCGUCUGGCGCCCUCGGGUCCCAGGCUUUGGGCGAAGAUGCUCCAGGAGCCCGACGAAGCCUGGAACGUGACCAACAUCGUGCGGGCCAUGAAGCCACGCCGACAGCAGGAGCCAAGCAUCUUCUACACCGAGUCCCACGAGGCCCUUUCGGAUUCCAAGACGCUGGGCAGUUUCUUGCUCGGCCCCGGCUGCGACCAAGAGCGCGGGCUGGCACUGCACAAGCUGCUGAGGAUGGUCACCCUGGGACUCAGCGGCGAGGGCUACUUGAACUUCAUGGGGAACGAGUUCGCCUUCCAGGAGGCAUUGAGCAUGAGGCUCUCCAGUGGCGCUUUGAGCGGGAGCCCCGGAAGCCCAAGCAGCUGCUUCCUGGAGGCCUUCGACGAGGCCAUGAUUGCCCUCGAAGCGCGCUUCCGGUUUGCCUCCUCAUCGUCCACCGUGUCCCGCAAGGACGACUCCGACAAAGUGCUCGUCUUCGAACGCGGCGACUGCCUCUUUGCCUUCAACUUCCACCCGACGCGCUCCUACACGGAGUGCCGCGUCAGCCAUUCUUGGAACGAGCGCCUCCGUGUCGUGCUGGACUCUGACGAAGCACGCUUCGGUGGCCAGGACCGGCUGCGGUGGGCACAUGACGAGGCGCUGCCCAGCGAUGAUGCCAGGUCGGCCAGGCUGUCCCUGCCCAGCCGAAGCUUCCAGGUCCUGGUGAGGGAAUCGCUCCUCGAGGGCGGCGUGGUGGUGCGGCUGCCGAAUCUUUCCACCUCGGCCUGGCCCUUCCCUGCAAAUGAGCUCCGCUUGCUCUUCCAGCCGCUCCUGCAGACUUCGGAGAGGAGGCCCUUCGAGGACCAGGCCACCGAGGUGCGCUUCACGGCAUCGGAGGGCCGGCUCUGCACUCGGCUGUCUGGGCCCAGCGCCUUCAAGGUGUAUUGGGAGGUCCAGAAAGGGCGCAUGGCGCGCGGAGCACCGGCCAAGGUGAAGCUUCCUUUUGCGCUGGACAUCUACCGAGUGCACUUCCCGGGCACCUACGUCCUGGAUUGCUUCGGGAACCUCACCUGUGCUGGAAACAGCGAUGACAGCGUCCAGGCCGAGAACGAUGUGCUUUGCGAGGGCGACGGCGUGCCUCCAGGCUGCAAGGACACGCCGCUGGCCCAAAGCCGGCCCCAGUACGUUCGCCCCCAGAAGGAGGAGAAGCCCGAGCCGAAGCCCGAGCCGAAGCUGGAGCCGAAGAUUGAGACGAAGAUGGAGACGAAGCUGCCGCCGAAGCUGGAGGAUGAGGCUCCGCCGGCUCCGCCGGCUCCGCUGGUCAGGGAGGACUCCUUGAGGGCGCAAAACUUCCCCACGUCAGUGAUCGAAGUGGGCCAUUGCCGAGAGGUGAAGCGCCCAAAGCGCCGCGCGAUGAAGGCCGAAGUCGAGGCAUCAGCGGAGGCUGUGGAGGCGAAGCGCUGCCACUCGGCAUCCCAACACCGUGCUAAGAAGGCCGAAGAGGAGUCAUCUGGGCUGUGCAAGGAGGAUUUGGAUUGGCUGCAAGCCAAGAAGAUGCCGCUGCAGGACACGGCGGCUGGUCAGCCCGAGCCAGAGCCCCAGGCGCCCUCCGUGGUCUCUGUGGUCACCGCCUCCAGAGCGCAGGAAAACGCGCGGAGAAGGGAGAAGAAGAGCUCGAAGAAGGAGGCGGCAGAUUUCUUGGGCUUGUGCCCAAAGGAAAUCACCCUCCAGCGCUCGGAAAAGCCACAGGUCACGGAAGUCGAAGCGUCGAAAGUGGAGACACCUUUCGCAGAGAAGAAAAAGGUCACGGAAGUCGAAGCGGCAAAAGUGGAGACACCUGUAGCAGAGACAAAGGAGGUGAAGCGCUCCACGUCCAGGCGCCGUCAGAGGAAGGUCGAGGCACCAAAUGUGGAGACACCUACAGCAGAACAACAGGAGGCAAAGGAGGCGAAGCGUACGACAUCCAGGCGCCCUCCGAGGACCCCAAGGAAGGUCGUGGACGUUGAGGCGAAGGAGACACUGACAUCAGAGACAAAGGAGGUGAAGCGAACGACGUCCAAGCGCCGUUCGAAGAAGGCGGAGCAGUGCUCCCGUGAGGCCUCGGUGACCUCGAUGGCUUCAGCAGCCUCGGGGACCUCGGCGACCUCGGGCGCUUCGAAAGCUUCGAGAGCCAGCUCACGCUCGCAAGCCUCACGGGGCUCUCGGGGCUCUGCCUCGGCGGCCUCGUCAUCCACCGCAGAGGUCCCACCGAGAGCAUGGAGUGGACGGCCACCGCGCAAGGAGUCACCUGUCAGGGAGCCCCCGGUGGCCUCCGAGCAGCGGCACCAGGCUCCAAAGACGCGACAGGCGGAGCAGGUCUCCCGUGAGGCCUCGGUGACCUCGGUGGCCUCGGCAUCCACUGCAGAGGCCUCACCGAGUGCGCGGAGUGGGCGACCACCACGCAUGGAGUCACCCAGGGAGGUGGAGCAGCGACAGGAGGCUCGCGCCACUGUCGAUCGCGCCACUGUCGACGCUCGAAAGGUGCGGCAGGUGUCACCUGCCAGGGAGAUGUCAGUUACCUCAGAGCAGCGACAAGAGGCUCGCGCCACUGUCGAUCGCGCCACUGUCGACGCUCGAAAGGUGCGGCAGGUGUCACCUGCCAGGGAGAUGUCAGUUACCUCAGAGCAGCGACAAGAGGCUCGCGCCACUGUCGAUCGCGCCACUGUCGACGCUCGAAAGGUGCGGCAGGUGUCACCUGCCAGGGAGAUGUCAGCUACCUCAGAGCAGCGACAAGAGGCUCGUGCCGCUGUCGACGCUCGAAAGGUGCGGCAGGAGUCGCCUGCCAGGGAGGUUUCCGUGGCCUCGGUAGCCUCGGUGACUUCGCAAGAGGGGAAUCCCCAGAUGAGGACGGUCCGCGUGUCCAAGUUCCAGCAAGCGAAACAAGCCAGGCUCAACGGGGAAAGGAUGCCGGAGAAGGCGAGCGUGACCCGCGUGACCUCGGUUCCGGCACCUCUGGUGCAGAUGAGUACACGGAAGGGAUCCUUUUCUUUGCUCCCAGACACACAGGACUGCCCUAAGGAGCAGGAGAUUGUGCAGGGACGGCCCUUGAUGCUGAAGAAGGGCUCCCUGUCCCUCCUCCCGGACUGCGACGAUCGGCAGGAGUUCUCUGCCCACGUGAUGAGGGAGCGGCCAACCGCACUCCGCGUCGAGGACCCGCUGCCUGUCCGUGCCCCUUUUGAGGAGAAGCGCGAAGCGAGGUUUUCGGUGGCGCUGAGCAGGGCGAAGGCCUCCGCGGCGGCCUCCGAAGCAGCGACCGACGACGGCUACAGCUCCGGCACGCAGACGCCCAAGACCAAGGCCGUGUCCGAGAGCUCGCGCUCCGAAAGCGGGGACGGCAGCCUGGAGCGCGUCUACUCCCUCAGCGCCUUGGAUGCCCUGCUGCAGGACCCGGAGGAGAAGGCGGAUCUGCGGUCACACCUGGAGACAGAGUUGAAGGACAACAGGCCCAAGUACCAGUCGGCACACUUGAGCACCCCGGUGGUCAUCGUGAGUUCGGAGGUGAACCCUUGGUCCAAGACCGGUGGUCUGGCAAUGGUGGCAGGAUCCUACGGUUAUGAGUUUGCCAUGAGGGGGCACCGCACUAUGGUGGUGUCUCCCCGGUAUGGCGAGUACAAGGACGCCCACUACGUAGGCUUUGCCAAGAUUUGGUUGGAUGGCUGUGAGCACGAGGUGCGCUACUUUCAUCUCUACCAAGACCUCGGCGAUGGCAAAGGGACGGACUACGUCUUCGUGGAUCAUGAGAGCUAUCACCGUGGCGGGCUUUACGUCGAUCGAGAAGGCAGAGAGUAUGCUGACAACUUGUUGCGCUACGCGCUGCUCACCGUGGCAGCCAUGGAGGCCCCUCUUGUGCUGAGUCUGCAGGGCUCCACCUACGGCCAGGAUGUUCUUUUCAUCGCCAACGACUGGCAGACAGGCUUGCUGCCCGUCUACCACCUCUACAAGUACCGUCGGAACCGCACCUACCUCAACUCCCGAUGCCUGUUCGUCAUCCACAACAUCGGCUACCAGGGCAAGUACCGGCUGAGCAAGUUCCCGCUCGACAGCUACCUGGGACUCCCACCCGAGGCCAUCGACCUGAUGCAGGGCGAGGACUUGAACCUGGGGGCAGACUGCAUGAACUUGAUGAGCGCUGCAAUCCUUGCUUCCGACCGCGUGCUGACAGUCUCGCCGAACUACGCCACGGAGGUCCAAAGCCCGGAGGGUGGCCAGGGCCUGCACGCCAUCUUGACCGAGAAGGGACGGCAGAUGCGCAUGGCCGGCAUCCUGAACGGUAUUGCGGACGAGUGGGAUCCCCGGACGGACCCGCACAUCCCUCGGAACUAUGGCCUGUCGGACUUCUUGGAGGGCAAGGCGCAUGCUAAGCGGGAGCUCCAAAGAUCGCUGGGCUUGCACGAAGACCCGGGUGCUGCAUUGAUGGGCUUCUGUGGACGGCUUUGCUUCCAGAAGGGCGUGCAUUUGAUCACGGAGGUCAUCCCCUGGCUCCUCACCUACGAGAAUUCUGGUGUCCUUGGCCGGGUUCAGGUCAUCCUCAUGGGCAAGGGCGAGGACACCUAUGCCAAUCAGCUCUCCCACGCAGAGAACACCAACCGCGGUCGAGUCUGUGGAUAUGUCGGCUUCGACCCGAAAGUCGAGCACCGCAUGAUGGCGGGAUGCGACUUUCUGCUCAUGCCCUCGCAGUACGAGCCAUGUGGUCUUCCGCAGAUGUAUGCACAGGCGUACGGCGCUGUGCCCGUGGUCCACGAGACAGGAGGCCUGAAGGACUCGGUGCUGGGUUUGUGGGACGAGCGCAGGGACCAGGCCACGGCCACCGGGUUCCUGUUCUCCGGCUUUGACGCAAACACCUUCAAGGAGCGGCUCUACCAGGCACUGGAGGUCUUCCACAAGAAGCCGGACAUGUUUAGGCGGAUCCAGCAGAACGGCCUGCGGAAGAACUACUACUGGCCGCAGGCCAUCGACGAGUACGAGCGGCACCUUGACUGGACGCUGGAAUCGCCCCUGGCGGUCGGAUAG